CAUGAAUUGUGCAGUGUGAACCAGUGGGAAGGGGACAGGAGCAAAGGAGGGAAUGGAAUGGUUUUGUCUGGAAGCUUCGCGCUUGGUUUAAUUUAUUUCCCCGUGGUGAGGCAAAUGGGAGUUUACGGCGAGCUUUAGCGUCCUAGUUGAGAGGUGUAAUGGUGUGCGUUUCAUGUUCUCUUGUGUGAUGUAGUGUGUGCUCACGACUUGGGUUCUAUCAUGUGUGGUUUUGAAGAAACUGAGAAUUGCCCUUGUGCCGUUAAAGAUUUGAUCGCCGGACGUGUUUAUCACAUCGUGGGCUGUUACAGCAAAGCGGUUAGAAACGGCUCACCCUGAAGUACGAGGAACAACAGCAUGAAAAUACCCAGCAACAGUCGUCGUUUUCGGCUCGUCAUUUUGCAGAGACAAAAGAGUCUCCCCACUCAAGAAAGAAGAUGAAAGAGGACUGGAAGGAGGCAGCUACGAGCUACCACUGUUCAAGUGACGUUUCACGAUAAAACCAGGAUGCAGCAGACAUAUCUAGGAGCGUAUGGUGUUCUAAACUGAGUAGCACGGCGGAGUGAUGCCGCAAGUCGAUGACUCUCUGCGCGGAAUCACGAUUGCGCCGGAUAUAGAAACGCUGUGUGCUCCCUUGGCCGGGGGUCACGUCGCGCACGUGCAGUGGCGGUCCUCUGAAGACAUCGAAACACUGCCAAUCUCCUGAUCAGCUGGGCCACCAUGUCAAAGAUGGCGGCCAAACAGCGUGCCCUCGCGGAUGACUACUGUGGAAGUGCAACGGUAGUGGGUGCUACGAAGGCAGCUGACCUCACAUCCGCUACAGAUAAUCGUCGUCUGGUUCCCAUCGUUGUGCGGAAAGUUCAGUUCACGCCUUCCGCGCUGUUAGCAUCAUACUGCUAUAUAGCUAGCUCGUCGCUUGGCUGAACUCUCACAGCACUUUCAGCAGGGUGCCAUUAGCGACUGCGUGUCAAAGUACGAUUAUUAGCACGCUGUAGAAUUGUUGUCAUCGUCUACACUGCCGAUUAGUGUACGAUCAUCUCUCGGAAAGGUUACGUAGAAUAUUUGAACGUACCGAACUCUCUCUCUCUCUCUUUCUCUACCUUGCAGAAGCACAGCACCCCUCUUCAAAGCCUAUUCGAGUUAUUAUCACGUUUUCGUUUUGCAUCCAUCAUAUCACAUAAAAUGUAACAAAUUUAGCAAGCCCAUAAGAGACUAUAGUGCUUCGUGGAAUAAGGGGGAACAACAAUAAUUACAUCGCAUACAUCUGUUUGUGUCAGCAUGGUGUUCAUAUGGACUACACCCCUUCGCACACUGACAUUCGCGUAAGCUUCUGAGAAAGAAUUUGUUCUGCAGAAGCUUGGGAUCACGGUGCGACCGUGAUCGAAUCGAACGCGGUGUGAACGUUGUUUGGCUGUGGUCUGUGAACGGUGCUGGGGGCAUUAUGAGAAGAUGGUCGCAGCCAGACGGCAGAUGUAGGGAAGGGUGGCGGAAAGCGACGGUCCUAAGGCCGCCAUGUUGGGGGAUGUCCGUACGUCGAACACAUCGACAACAGCAGCGCCUCUGACGUCAUCGACAAUGCGUCCCUCCACCCGCUACGUGCCAACGCAAGCUUCGCCCUAUGAGGUCCCUCCUUACCACAGCAUCGGGGUACUCAAACCGCCGCGUCCCACAGUUUCCUUGGACCCACGGCCAGUGCUGAUCCCAAUUCUGUCUUCGGUGAUCUGCUUUCCCAUCGUGGCGUUCGCAAUCAUCUGUCUUCUGAGGUACAGAGCAUUGAGACUACGCAAGAAGGAACACCAAAGACGGUUACGUGGAGGAAUGCGUUCAGCGCGGCUGGAAAUUCCUGGUCGCGAGAAGCCGUCCCUUUUCUCCCGAGACUCUUCAUCAGGGGACACGACGUCUCGCCCUCCUGGCCAGGAGGAGGAGGAGGAGUCUGGGCGCCGCGCGCGCCUUGCGUCUUCCUCUUCCGACGAGGAUGAAGACUUCUCGAGCGAUGUCCUCGCUCGCCGCAGCAACAACAAUCACGUCAAGUUUGGUGCUGCCGCGGCCAUACUGCAUGUGCCUGGUAUUCCAAGCCCCCGGUCGACCUCCCCUCGCCGCUCGAGUACCACACGCCGCUCGAGUUCCCCACGCCGGUCGAGUUCCCCGCGGAGUGCGGGUUCUCCUCGCUCUCCGUCAGUUAGCUUCCUGGACGUUGUCGGCGUAAUUGGUGAUGACUCUGACGAUGACGCUGAUGAUGAGGACGACUUGGAGCCGACUGAUGCCAGGUAGCGCCGGCCAAGCAGCAGGGCUUCGCGUAGCAGCUUGGCCCUGCUGGAGACUUUGCUCUGAGCGAAGUCUCAACUGUUAGCAGAGGAGUAUGCCGGCACCAAAGAAUAGUUGUAGGGGGACACUGCUUGUAACAGCGUUAAAUGCGACAAAAGCGAAUAGAGCUGUAGCAGAUGGACUGAUAAUUAAUAGCUACUAGAAGUGCUCAGUUGAAGAAUAACUACAUGACACACCUUCUUAUUUGACUCGCUUUUAGAAAUGAUGAAAAUGAUAACAC